UCUGAGGGGGGUGGGUAGGGGGAGGGAGCGAGGGGGACAGUAUCCGUAUCUACGGCCGCAUCGGCGCAUCAUCAGCGCAUCCCGCGCGCGCAGCCGCCGCGCUCUCGGACCGCGUUCCCUCCGUCUCCAGCAGCAGCGUCACACACUCGACGUGUCGUGCGCGCCGCCGAUGGAAGAUGGCGAUGAUGUCGGGCACGUUCACCGCCGCGCUGCUCCUGCUGCUGCCGAGCGCGAGCUGGCCGCCGGCGCGCGCUCUCAGCUUCCCGCAGCAGUACACCAUGAUGUACUGGGCCAGACGCAUCGAGCAGGAACUGGACCGGGUCCUGCAGCACGCCAGCGCCCAGCAGCUGCGGGGGAUCUACAAUGAGAAGAGGCGCCAGUUCAGCCUUCUGAGGAACUCGCCCGGCGACGUGGUGCAGAAGGUCUCCUCGGACAUUGAGAAGCUUCUAGGGAAGAAGCGCAAGGCCUUGGAGCGGCUCACCAGAGAGGCAGAGCGCCUGCAGAAGGAGCACGUCUGGAAGGACAACAUUAAGGAGUGGGACAUGGAGUACUACGACUCCAAGGCGGAGCUCGACUAUUAUGCCGUGCAGGACGCCGACGGACACGGACACGCGGCGCCAUCGUCCUCUCUCAGGCUGGAGUUUGUGUACGACCCCAACUUCCGGAACAGCGUCAACUUCUCCUACACGGCCGUGCAGAUCCCCACCGACAUCUACAAGGGCUCUCCCGUGAUCCUCAACGAGCUCAACUGGACGCAGGGGCUGGAGAAGACCUUCGUGGAGAACAGCCGCGAGGACCCGUCCCUGCUGUGGCAGGCGUUCGGCAGCGCCACGGGCGUCACCAGGUACUACCCAGCCACACCCUGGAGAGCGCCCGACAAGAUCGACCUGUACGACGUGCGCAGGAGGUCCUGGUACAUCCAAGGAGCCUCUUCUCCAAAGGACAUGGUCAUCCUGGUGGACGUGAGCGGUAGUGUCAGCGGCCUGACCCUGAAGCUCAUCAAAGCCUCCGUGAUAGAGAUGCUGGACACGCUGUCGGACGACGACUACGUCAACGUGGCGCGAUUCAGCGAGAAGGCCGAGCCCGUGGUGCCGUGCUUCAAGCACCUGGUCCAGGCCAACGUGCGCAACAAGCGCACCUUCAAACAGGCCGUGCAGCUCAUGCAGGCCAAGGGCAUGACGGACUACAAGUCGGGCUUCCACUUCGCCUUCCAGCAGCUGCUCAACCUGACCAACAUGCCGAGGGCCAACUGCAACAAGGUGAUCAUGCUGUUCACGGACGGCGGCGAGGACCGCGCCCAGGACGUCUUUGAGCAGUACAACUGGCCCAAUAAGACGGUCCGAGUGUUCACCUUCUCUGUGGGGCAGCACAACUACGACGUCACACCACUCCAGUGGAUUGCGUGUGCCAACAAAGGGUACUACUUUGAGAUCCGCUCCAUCUGUGCCAUCAGAACCAACACUCAGGAGUACCUGGACGUGCUGGGGCGACCCAUGGUGCUGGCGGGGAACCGGGCCAAGCAGGUCCAGUGGACCAACGUGUACCAGGACGCCUUGGGGCUCGGCCUGGUGGUGACGGGGACGAUGCCCGUCUUCAACCUCACCGUGGAGGGAAGCUCGCAGAACCAGCUCAUUCUGGGAGUGAUGGGGGUGGACGUCCAUCUCGAUGAGAUCAAGAAGCUCACUCCACGCUACAACCUCGGCGCCAAUGGAUACAUCUUUGCCAUCGACCCCAACGGUUACGUCCUUCUGCAUCCGAACCUGCAGCCAAAGAUGGUGAACCUGCCCGAGCCGGUGACCCUGGACUUCCUGGAUGCUGAGCUGGAGGACGUCAACAAACAGGAGAUCCGGCGGCAGAUGAUCGACGGUCGGCCCGGCCAGUCCGCCAUCAGCUCGCUCGUCAAAUCGAUCGAUGAGAGGUACAUCGAUGAAGCGAGAAGGAUUUACACCUGGACGCCCGUCAAUGGCACUGACUACAGCCUGGGCCUGGUUUUACCCACCUACAACGAGUACUACCUGCGCGCAGACUUGAACGACGAGAUGCUUCAGCUGCAGUACCUGGAGUCCCUGCUGCCGAGCACCUUCGACACGGAAGGACACGUCUUCAUUGCUCCCAGGGAGUACUGCACGAAGCUGCACGUCACAGACAACAACACACAGUUCCUGGAGAACUUCAUAUCCCUGAUGGUGGAGAUCACACCUGAGUCCAAGGACUGCGACCAGGACCUCAUACACAACCUGAUCCUGGAAUCGGACAUAGUCUGGCAGCUGGCAGCGAGGGUGUGGAAGAACAAGAACCUAAACACGUACGGGUUCCUGGCACUGUUCGUGUCCACGGACAGCGGAGUCACCCGAGUCUUUCCCAACACGGCUGCCGACUCCUGGACCGAGGACCCGGAGCCCUUUAACAGCAACUACUACCGCCGCAGCAUGGACAAGAAGGGCUACGUGUUCCACGCUCCGCUCCGAAGCGCUGGCGACGAGGCUCUCGGCUCAGACAACGGCACCGUGGGCAUCCUGGUCACCACGGCGGUGGAGAUCACUGUAGGGGGCAAGACGGUGAAACCCGCAGUGGUCGGAGUGAAACUGGACCUUGAGGCCUGGGUGGACAAAUUCAAGAUCCUGGCCAGCAACCAGUCUGACGCUCGGCAGGGUUCCCACAAGUGUGGGCCAUCCAGCAGCUGCGAGAUGGACUGCGAAGUCAACAGUGACGACCUCAUGUGUUACCUGUUGGAUGAUGGAGGCUUCCUCGUUAUGUCCAACCAGAAGGAGCACUGGAAAAAGGUGGGUCAGUUCUUCGGUGACGUGGACCCGUCCUUGAUGCACGCCCUCUUCAACAACUCUAUCUACGCCCGCAAGCAAUCCUUCGACUACCAUGCGGUCUGCGAGGCCACGGCCAGCAGCCGCACGGGAGCCGCUCGCCGGGGGGUCUUUGUGCCAACCAUCGCAGACCUGCUGAACGUCGCCUGGUGGACAUCGGCAGCAACCUGGUCCCUGAUUCAGCAUGUGCUCUAUGGGCUGACGUACCACAGCUGGUUCGCUGCAGACCCAGGUGCGGUGGAGGCCGAAGCUGCGGAUGCCCGAGAGAGCAGCUGCGUGACGGUGUACAGCCAGUUCUACUUUACCAACACAAGCAACUCGUACAACACCCUCCAGGACUGUGGGAACUGCUCCAGGUUGUUUCAUGCCAAGAGGAUAGAGAAGACCAACCUGCUGUUUGUGGUGGCCGAGACCCCCUGCAAGUCGUGCGAGAUGGAGAAGCUGGCUCAGGUGAAGACCGAGUUCCAGGAAGAGAACCCGUGUGAGCUGCUGAGCUUGGCGCGCUACAGGAGAGGGCCGUCCACCUGCUUCGACUACAACGUCCAGGAGAACACCUCCGAAUGUGGGCGGGGCUUCUCUCUGCGACCACCGUCGGCUGUCCUCCUGUGUCUUCAGCUCAUUCUGCUCUGCCUGUCCACCUCUCUCUAGAUUUUGGCCCCUCCAAACGUUGGCCUCUUUUAGCACAGAUUCCUCUCCCCUGUCCUCCGUGGUCCAAGCAUUAGCGUUCUCACCGCCCGUACAUAACCGUGACCGUACAUCACUGACUGUACAUCAGCGGUCCUGAGCCCAGUUUAGUCACACCUUUCCCUUCCCUCUACGAGUGAACUGGGAUGAAGCAGCACAAACGUACGUGUCGGACAAAUCACUGUCGGUCUGUCUCACAAGGGUGUUUUGCCGGCGUACAAAGACGACCGACUGUGCUACCGUUCAGCGGUGAGGAAUAUAUGAAGAUCCACUAUAUUGUAUAAUAUGAAUGAUAGACGUGAAUGGGUGGAAUGGCAGCAAACGACAGAAAAACACCUGCAUGCUGUGGGUCUCUGGGAGUUUGUUUCAUCAACAGGGAGUCACGUCCUUUUUGGGCUGAGACCCCUCUGCCAAACAUUGUGGAUACAAAUAAAUAUGUCAGUGGUAGGAUAAUGUAAUAUGAACAUUGAAUGACACCUCAGACCUUUAGUCUAGGUUGGUUGACUAAGUCUUUUUGGAAUUUCUCUUAACCACAUUUUCAAGGCGCUAAAAUGUUUAUGAUGAGCAUUUUUUAAAAACCUUUUUGAAAUAGAGUGCCCAGUUUUGUUUAAGGAUGCAUGCGUUGUUUUCAUUUUGCUUAUGCUGGAAGGAAACUCCGCUUUAGAUUUUGCACGAAAUUGAAAUUCCUGUGGCAGUGCCAGUCAGAGGUUCUCUUCAUGUGGCCUCAUAGCGUAAUACAGACUUUUAAAAUACAUUUCGAUAUUUGGAGCAAUUACAAAUGACAUUUUUAACACCUAAAAAUGUUUUCAUAUCUUUUAAACGAUGUUUGCGCGUAUGUGAUUAUGUUCUAUGUACGGUCUGUGUGUACAUCUGCAUAUGUAUACACACACACACACACACACACAUUUUCAGAACCGCUCAUCCCAUACGGGGUCACG